ACGGUAGCCUACAAAUCAAAGUGUAUCUGACCCGGUCUUCGUCCUGCAGGGCCUCAUGCCUCCAGCGGUUCCACAGGUCCCUUUAACACCAGGUGUGAUGGAUCCAUGUGUGCGGUGAGCCCCCCAACGGGCUGACCAAAACGCCACUAGAAGCCUCAGAAAUCCAGGAAUUACCCGCGUCCUGUUCGUCGCCAAGCACCGCAACACCUGGAAUAUGGGGACGCGUCCACGCGCCGGCAGCUGCGGGUUUUAGGCCGACGAAGGCCAGAAAUCCUCAAGUUCAGAGACGUCGCGGCUCCAUUGCGAUGCUAUGAGACAGCCUGACACGGACUGAGGGGACAACAUGAAGGAGAAAUCUAAAAACGCUGCCCGGACCCGGCGGGAGAAGGAAAACAGUGAGUUUUAUGAACUGGCCAAGCUGCUGCCGCUGCCCUCCGCCAUCACCUCCCAGCUGGACAAAGCCUCCAUCAUCCGGCUGACAACCAGCUACCUGAAGAGAAUAGUGUUCCCCGAAGGCCUGGGGGAGUCCUGGGGUCAUGUGAGUCGCAGCAGUUCUCUGGAUGGAGUCAGCCAGGAACUAGGCUCCCAUCUCUUACAGACAUUAGAUGGCUUCAUUUUUGUGGUUGCUCCAGAUGGGAAAAUAAUGUACAUAUCAGAAACAGCAUCAGUCCACUUGGGCCUGUCGCAGGUAGAGUUGACGGGAAACAGCAUUUAUGAAUACAUCCAUCCAGCAGACCACGAUGAAAUGACAGCUGUCCUCACAGCACACCAGCCUUACCAUUCACACUUUGUUCACGAGAAUGAGAUGGAACGCUCCUUCUUUCUGAGAAUGAAAUGUGUCCUCGCUAAAAGAAACGCUGGACUCACCUGCGGAGGCUACAAGGUGAUACACUGUAGCGGGUACCUGAAGAUCCGUCAGUACAGCCUGGACGUAUCUCCGUUUGACGGCUGCUAUCAGAACGUGGGGCUGGUUGCCGUCGGCCACUCGUUGCCGCCCAGCGCUGUCACUGAGAUCAAACUGCACAGCAACAUGUUCAUGUUCAGAGCCAGCCUGGACAUGAAGCUCAUCUUCCUCGACUCACGGGUUGCAGAGCUGACAGGCUACGAGCCUCAGGAUCUGAUAGAGAAGACUCUCUAUCACCAUGUCCACAGCUGUGACUCCUUCCACCUGCGAUGUGCUCAUCACUUGUUGCUGGUGAAAGGUCAAGUGACGACUAAGUACUACCGUUUCUUGGCCAAGCAUGGUGGCUGGGUCUGGGUUCAGAGUUAUGCAACCAUCGUACACAACAGCCGCUCAUCCCGACCUCACUGCAUCGUCAGUGUCAACUAUGUUCUCACGUGA